AUGAGUUAUUCACAAGCAUGGCAAGCUAGAGAAUUUGCUUUGGGAUUGAUGAUGGGGACCCCCGAAGAAAGUUUCUCCAAACUUCCAAUUUAUUUUCACAGUUUGAAGAAACAUAAUCCUGGUACUGUGGUGUAUAUAAAAACUGAUUCGGAUGAUCGUUUUGAGUAUUGUUUUUUCGCUAUUGGAUGCGCGAUACGUGCUUUCAGAGAGUGUUGUAGAAAAGUUAUUAUUAUGGAUGGUGCUCAUUUGAAGGGAAAGUACAAAGGCACCAUCUUGCAUGCAGUAACCAUGGAUGGCAACAAUCAGAUCUUGCCUAUUGGGUGUGGAAUUUUCCCAAAAGAGACUACAGAUUCUUGGACAUGGUUUCUUGAAAAACUACAUGAAUGCAUUGGUGAUGUGGAAGGUCUGACAAUGGUCACGGAUAGAGCACCCGCAAUUGAUGUAAGUAUUCAAAAUGUUUUUCCAAAUGCUCAACAUGGAUUGUGUGGUUUUCAUCUAAUAGGAAACAUAGUCCACACCUUUGGAAAAAACAAAAAAAAAAACAGUAAUUUUGUUUUGGAAGCUGGUAAGAGCUUACAAAUACCAGCUUACAAAACCACUGAGUUUGAAUUCUAUUGGGGGAGACUUCGUAAUAUAAGAGAUGAUGUAGCGACACAUCUCAGUCAAAUUCCACAUGAGAAAUGGACCAGAGCGUAUUGCCCUACCACGAGGUAUGAUUAUAUGACCUCAAAUAGUGCGGAGUCCAUGAAUGUUGUAUCAAAUAAAGCAAGGAAGUUGCCUAUAUUACCACUUCUUGAGUUCUUUCGUGCACGUAUGCAAAAAUGGUUUUACAAAUGGCGGAUGGCUGCAGAUAUGAUUAUGUAA